UACCUACUUUUUUGAGUUUUUAUACUCUACUCAAAGAACUUCAGUUGAGCAAAAUGAAACAAUCAAAUAAAUUAGAAACAUGGGGAAGCGAAACCACUAUGAACUUAAACAACAUUUUAUAUCAAAACAUUCAAGCUUCACCUUAUUUUAAACAUCUUUAUGAAUUAAAAACCUAUCAUGAAGUUAUCGAUGAAAUUUUUAAUCACGUUGAGUCUCUCGAACCUUUUCUUAAAGGGACAACAGCAUCAACUGCCUUUUGUUUACUUUAUAAACUUUGGACUUUACGACUAACAGUAAAACAAGUUAAUGGAUUGAUUGAACAUACCGAUUCUCCACAUAUACGCGCUUUAGGGUUUCUUUAUCUUCGUUAUGUGUGUAAGCCAAUUCAUUUAUGGGAAUGGUUUGAGGAAUAUUUAGAUGACGAGGAAGAAGUCCAAAUCCAAGGCGGUCCUCGCCCAGUCAUUAUAACUAUCGGAAAAAUGUGUCGCCAAUUGUUAACGGAGCAAAAAUGGCUUGGAACUAUUUUACCUCGCAUUCCAGUACCAAUCGCCCGCGAAAUUGAACAAAAGUUAAAGGAAAAGUCUCAACCUCCUCUUCCACCAAGGUAGGAAAUCUUUUAUUUAUUUAUAGUCAUUGUUUUUAUAUUAUCGUUUUUGUUAUCAGGUUACGCAUUAGUUCAAUUCGUUAUUUAAUUAAUAAA